GGAGACUGCAGACGUCUGACGAGAGAGGAGGGGGGGGGUACUCUCUUGGGAGGAAGAGGCUGAUUGAUGGAUUGGAUUGGAUUGAUUGAUUGAUUUGAUUGAUCUUCAGAGGGAAGAGAAGAGCAGACAGCCAGCCGUGCAUGCGCGCGCGCGCGUUUGUGUGUGGUCGAGGGGCCCCCCCGCAAGGCUGGCGGGGUCGAUCUUCCGAGGGAGGAGGGAAGAAGUGAUUAUUCACUGGAUCCAGCCGUGAAAACUUUUCUCGAUUGCUCGCUCAAAAUGCUUGAAAUACAAAAUGCAACGAAUGCUGUGUGUGGGCCAGAGCAAUUGCUUGCGCUGGUCGAGGUUGCGGGAAAAGCAGAGAAAUUACGGAUACGCAUGUAUGAUGGAUGGGAGUAGAGAUGGAUGGAUGCUUUGUGACGAGGCCCGAGAAAAAGAGACUUUUCUUUCCGAACAGCAGCAGCAGCAGCAGCAGCAGCAACGAAGGACAGUUUAUAAACAAAACAAGGACCCCAAACGACCGUCAGUCCGCGGUGUCCGCCGGCAACAAGAUGAGAGGAAUGAAGAUACAAAAAGCAGCCCGGGCACCCCUAGGAUACG